UGAGGCUGCCGACCCGCUGCAAAGCCUCCAACAGACUGUAUCUCUGACCUAACAUGAGGCAAUACACAGAAAGAUAGAUCCGAAAAGAAGCGUUUCGGGCGUUGCGUGUCUUUAUGUCGGUCAACUGUCGUUUUCUGGUCGGCGUUUGUUCCAACAAAAAGUCUACCUUGCAGCGGUUGUCACACAGGCCGCGAACUGGGCUGUGUUACUGGGAAGAGACGUUUGAGACUCGCCUCACUGCUAGCAUUAGCUAGCUGGCUAUGAUGCGUUGCUGCCGUCGGUGUAUGUUAACCACAGCAGGCCAUUGCACAGUGAGGCUAGUCCUUGGUUAAUUGUUUACAUCGAAGGAACUGAAGGGUAACUGGGAGAUAUAACAGUUACCACACCUUUCAAGGAUGGACGUUGAUUUGCGUGCUGGCGGGGACAGUACUAGGAGGAAAGUGGAUCUGGCCGGGGUUGCAGAGGGCGCAAUGGAAGUUGUACCACUGGAGAUGUAUGAUUCUGCUAGAGCAAAAAUAGAUGCCAACCUACGGUGGCUGUUUGCCAAAGCCUAUGGCAUCGACCAUAUCCCAGAAGACUUACGGGACCCUUUUUACACAGACCAGUAUGAACAGGAGCACAUCAAGCCGCCUGUCAUCCGCCUGCUGCUGUCCUGCGAGCUCUACUGUCGUGUCUGUGCCCUCAUCCUCAAGACAGAACAGGUGGCAUCACUUCAGUCCCACCUGUCCGUCAUCCAGGCUCUGUCCAGGAAAGGCAUUUAUGUUGUGGAGAGCGACGAUACGCCUGUCACAGAGGGGGAUCUGGCGUGUGUGCCUAUCAAAAUGAGUGCUCACAUGCCCAUGAUCGAUGCCCUGAUGAUGGCCUACACAGUUGAGAUGAUCAGCAUUGAGAAGGUGGUGGCCUCUGUAAAGCGCUUCUCCACCUUCAGUGCCUCCAAAGAACUGCCCUUUGACCUGGAGGAUGCCAUGGUCUUCUGGAUCAACAAGGUGAACAUGAAGAUGAGGGAGAUCACAGAAAGGGAGCACAAAGUCAAGCAGCACCCGCUGGAGUCCCCAAGCCAUCAGAAGUCUCCCUCCAAAUGGUAUUGGAAACUAGUCCCUGUGCGGUAUCGCCGGGAGCAUGCCUCGGGCCGACAGCUACCCUUCUUCCCGCUGCUGGAGGACCUGAUGAGGGAUGUGUGCGACGGCGCUGCACUGCUCACUGUAGUCCACUACUACUGCCCCGACCUUAUGAAGCUAGAAGAUAUCUGCCUGAAGGAAGUGACAUCCAUUGCUGACAGCCUGUACAACAUCCAGCUGCUCAAAGAGUUUGCCAGCGAGUAUCUGAAUAAGAGUUUCUACCUGACCACAGAGGACAUGCUCUACUCACCUCUCGUGCUCAAGCACAACGUGAUGGUGUUCAUCGCUGAGCUCUUCUGGUGGUUUGAGACCGUCAAGCCAGAGUUUGUCCAGCCCAGAGAUCUUCAAGAGUUUAAAGAUGCUCGAGCCAUGGCUCAGCCUAAGAGUACCCGCCCAUCAGUGCCCAUCUCCAACGCCACCAAGCGCAGCUUCCUGGUCAGCCCUGGCAUGGCUGAGACCCAAAGCAGCCCUGAAGUUUGUAACAGUAAAGGGGGUCCAUCCUUCAGCCCUUCCCACCCACUCCUGCCCCUGAGACAGAGGCAACAAAAGCAGCAAGGAGAGGAUGGUGCAGGUCUAAGAAAUCGCUCCAACUCCCUGACUCAGAUGGAUGGACAACCAAGAGGUUCUGUCGUGGCUUGGCCUGAAAAGAGGCAGAGACCAGUAUCUACACUGAAUCCCUACGUGUUCCACUCAGCCACAGACAGUGAUGCUGACAUAGCUUCUGGUGACAGUGUGAGUCUGGCCCGCUCCAUAAGCAAGGACAGUCUGGCCUCCAACGUAGUAAAUGUAACACCCAAACACCAGACUUCAGCCCUUCAACCUCCACAGGCUGCCACACGCAAAAUCAAUGGCCACGGCCUACUAGGCAAUGUCAACUUGGAGGAUGAGGAGGAAACUUUGGCAGUCACCAGGACUGAUGCUGCUGCCAUCCCUAAGCAGUUUGAUGGUAUGCAAGCAGCUGCCACAGGUGGACCCAAACUUUCCACCGAAUCCAAACCUGCACCGGAUAGCUUUUACUUAGAACCACUGAUGCCUGCCGUGCUCAAACCGGCCAAAGAGAAGUCUGUAUGCCUAAAUAAGGAGGAGGAGAGUGGAGAGGGACCCCGCUCCUCAGGGAGGGGCUCUCUACGCCGAGGAGAUGGUCCUACAGCAGCUGUUCGUAGGAAAGCCCCUUCUAGCUUAAACCGGACAUUAACCAUUUCCAGUGAGGAAUUUGUCAUGGCAAGUGAGCCUCCCCAGGGCCAGGCAGCAUUCAGACCCAUCAUAACCAGCAGCGUGGACCCUUCGUCCAGAGAGCCAGCUGGGGGUUUUUACCUGCACUCAGACUCUGAGGAGCCAAAGCCUGGGCAGGGUCUGGAGCCUGAGCUGGAGGAGGUGGAUGAGGAGGAAGAAGAAUUGGAUGAAGCCCUAACCACUAAGGACCCCACCUGUCCCAGGAAAGCCUUUGAUGAGGAAGAUGAGGAAGAAGAAUCAGCCAAACUCCAGGAAGACAUGAAUGUGAAAGAGCAUGAGGACAAAGACAGAGAAGUUAACAGCGGUAGCGGACGCUCUAGCCCCUGCCUGAGCACCCAUUCCCAGGCAAGUAGCAUGGCAAGUGGCAGUGUUCGCAUGACCUCCUUUGCUGAGCGCAAAGCACACCAGCAGCGUUUUGGCAGCAACCAUGACCUACGCUCCAGUGCCUCCAGUUCCCAAAGGACCACCCCAGAUGGCUCAGAGAGCAGUGGGCCUCUGUCCUCAUCCUGGAGGCUCAAACGAGAUCAGAGCCCUUCCUCUCCCCUGGGAGGGGGUGGUCGUACAGGUGACGGUAGUGGUGGUGCUAAUGUGCUAGCGUCAGAGCUUGUCCAGCUCCACAUGCAGCUGGAAGAGAAGCGGCGGGCCAUCGAGCAUCAGAAGAAGAAGAUGGAAGUGUUGUCGGCUAGGCAGAGGCAGAAACUGGGCAAGGCUGCCUUCCUGCACAUUGUCAAGAAGGGUGGUGGCAAGAGUGACACACUGCCCAACCCGCUGAAGGCAGACUACUCCAAAGAAGAGCUCAAUGGGGAUAAAGGAACAACAUCUAAAGAUGACUUGUGUGUUGAUGCCCUGAGGGGGGACAAAGAGGCAGAUUUGGCCACCCCACCAGGUGCCUUAGACACAGACAAGAAGGGCAACAGUGGAAGCUUCUAUCUAGAUGAAGAGCUUGACCUUAAUGAGUGCAACCGCUCUAUUGAGUUGUUAAAUGAAGCUAUCGGUAGCAUCCAGCAACAGAUGAUGCAGUUGUCGCUUCAGCAAGAAAUGUUGAUGAAACAGAAUGUACAGUCCCCCCCAGGUCCAACUCCACCUCCUCCCCUUGCCAGUGAUAAGCCCAAUGAGUCUAAGGCCAGGGCAGCCAUUCAUUUUGUGGAGCCUCUUUCCGCCACAGGCAGUGCCCCAACCAGGAAACCUCCCAAGCUAAGCUCAGCCCGAGGCUCCAGAUCCAAACCGUCAGAGCUAAAAGUAGCCAAGGAGCAGAGCCGGCAGGGCUCCAAGGCUGUCACACCAACCCAGAGUGGGACAGAGACACAACCCCACCCAAGACAGUUAACUGGGGGCAGGUCCCCCAGGGCCGAGCAGCCUGACACCCCCAGUCCCAGAAAUCCCACAGCAGGAGAGACAAUCGACAAGCCAGGUUCCAGCCACAUUCGGAGUGCCACCUUCCGCCUUCACGAUGAGGCUAACAUGCGCCUACCAACCCGAGUGGACCUGGCAGCUGUGACUGGCGCAGAAGUGUCCUUUGAUGAGUGCCUGUCCAGUACCAUGAGAGAGCCUGAGCUCAAUUCCUCAGAUGGUUCAGGGAAAGAAAAUGUGCCAUCAGAGGAGGUACAGCGCAGCAAAUCCCACCUGAUUGAAGUGGAUCUGUCAGACCUGAAGGCCCCAGAAGAAGAGGAUGGUGGCCCAGACAGCACCACGGAAGGAGGCGAUGGAGAACAGAAGUCCGUCAUGGGCUUCUUCUUCAAGGAUGAGCAAAAGGCUGAGGAUGAAUUGGCAAAGAAGAGAGCGGCAUUCCUACUGAAGCAGCAAAAGAAAGCUGAAGAGGCUCGGCUCCGUAAACAACAGCUGGAAGCAGAGUCAGAGCUCAAACGAGACGAAGCCAGGCGUAAAGCUGAGGAGGAUCGCUUGCGGAAAGAGGAAGAGAAAACACGGCGGGAGCUGAUCAAGCAGGAGUACCUGCGGAGGAAGCAGCAGGAGAUGUUUGAAGAGCAAGGUCUAGUGAAGCCCAAGACGCCCAAGCCUAAGCAAAAACAGAGACCCAAGUCCGUGUUCAGAGAGGAGUCCUCCAGUGACAAUUUCUCCAAGUGCUCUUCUUCCACCCCUGACAACCUGAGCAAUGCCCAGUCAGGCUCCAGUCUGUCCCUGGCCUCCGCCGCCACCAACGAGGCUGACAGCGUCAAUUCUGGAGGAGCUGGCUCCCAACGCUGUGACUCAGUGGAGUCCUUUCCAGGCAGUCGUAAUGCCAGUCGAACUGCAGAGAGAGACUGGGACAACGGUUCCACUGCAUCUUCCAUCACUUCCAUGGCUGAAUAUACUGGCCCCAAGCUAUUUAAGGAACCAAGCGCCAAGUCCAACAAGCCAAUCAUCCACAAUGCCAUCUCCCACUGCUGCCUGGCUGGCAAGGUCAACGAGCCGCAGAAAAACCAGAUCCUAGAGGAGCUUGAGAAGUGUGAAUCCAACCACCUGAUGAUCCUGUUCCGGGACGGCGGCUGCCAGUUCCGGGCGCUCUACUCAUACUUUCCGGACACUGAGGAGAUCCACAAGCUGACAGGCACAGGACCCAAGAGCAUCAGCAAGAAGAUGAUUGACAAGCUGUACAAGUACAGCUCAGACCGCAAGCAAUUCACCGUCAUCCCUGCCAAGACCGUGUCAGUUAGCGUAGACGCCCUGACCAUCCACAACCACCUGUGGCAGGCAAAGAGAAGUACUGUGCCAAAGAAGAACGGAAAAUAGCAGGCCAGAUUUUGAACCCCUCAUCACCGAAAUCAUCUAACCCCAUCUUGCUCGUUUCCUGGAUAGACUGCAUUGAUGCCCACAGCCAAGCUAACCGUCAUGCUCGAUCUGGAAACCUACUCAGGAGAGGCCACACUUACGGACAUGUGGUCAUGUGUAGGUGGAACCAAGACAGCGACAAGGAAAGAAAAUGUAGGCGCGUGUCAUAGGUGGUCUUAGGGGACUGGUGCUUGCGAAUGGGAAUGCUAGCUCAGUUUACUACGAAAUCCUCUCCCUGUGAUCUCAGUGUGAUCUGUUCAGGUUCCGUCGGUCCAGCUCUGUUUUUCUACAACGACCACGACUCAAGCAUGUGGCAUUUUUCUCUAUCUCUCAUAUGUGGUGGACUUUCGUUUUUACAUGAAGUAUUUAUUGGUUUGGCACUGUCAUGGUCUAGAGCUCAGCUGCAGCACUAAAAUCCUUCCCCUUCUACGGUCCUUAAAUGCCUCUCUUUUGGAUAAAAGGGUGGCUACGUUCCACUACAAAAGGAGGGGAAAUCGGGGAUUUCUAUUCUUCUUUAAAGUCAUCUGAAGCGAGGGACCUGUGUACAACCCUUUAGGACUAUCGGACUAUAGGACUGUUCUGCUGUCCCAACAACAACAAUCUCUUCAGUGUGGACUGUCUAAUCUGUUGAAUCAGUCUGGCAUUGCCAAUUUUGCCUCACCAGGGAAUCUCCAAACCUGCUGCUCUGAACUGUCUUCUUUUGUCACUGGGAGCUCCUCCUGUCUCCCUCAGACAUCCGUUGGCCUUUCACGCAUCGUGGUACUAUCGUCUAUUUAUUCAGCCGCUUUUUAAACUAGACGCUGAUCGUGUGGCACUGGAUAUGUGUAUAGCAAAAAAACAAAAAAACAAAACAAAAAAAGUCUAAUGAUGGUCAUUUUAAAUACUCUGCUUUUAUUUGUUGAACCAUCCUUUUAGCGAGGGUGUCAAAAGAGGGUGAAUGAUAGGCUUUGGUACAGAAAUGAUGCUUUUAUGUUUUCUUUUUCUUUUUUUUCCCUUUUUUUUAAUUAAAGCAAUGUGGUAUAGAGUUUGAGCUGAUGUUAUGUGUUUUCAUCAUAACAGGAAUUCUCUGAUGUUUAGAGCUUAGUUGUGUUUUCUCUCUCCACUGGGCACUCUUGAAUUGUCCUGUACAAAGGUGCACUCAUGAACACGUGUCGAAGGCUUCUUUCAUGCAAUGUACUCCCAACACCUCUCCCCCUCCCUCCCCACCGUCCCCCCCCCCAGUGUUUUUUGUCAGCCUGUCCCAUCUUAACCCUGUGAGCCACAUAACUCUUGCGUUGAGGAGUGUGUGUGCUGCACUGUAACCGGUCUGAAUGACAGUAUUUGAUAUAUCCACAUUGGGUUACUGUUUGUUUGGGUGGGGCGGGCGGGACUGUGGUUCAGUUAUGUACCGACAUUAAAGAACAUUCCUCCGGUGUGUUACCAAACACUGCCACAUCGUCUCUCUCUCUCUCUCUCUCCGUCUGUCUGUCUCGCUCUGUUGUUCAAAAUCCAAGUGCUUUUUAGAAACCAUUUGUUGGCCUCAAGAACAACCAGAAGUGUUGCACGUGCACUUUAUUUGCUGUUUGCAGGGGAGCUAUGGUGAAAUUCACCUUUUGAAUAGGCAUUCAAAACUAGGUGUGAACUAAUGAACAUGGUAUUGUUUUUAAAAACUGCUGUUGUGCACUCCUAAAAGGCAACCUGUGUGGAACUAAACCAAACACUAAGAUUUAAUACUGACCAGUAAAACUGAAGGGCCUCCAUUGAUACUACUGCUGUGUCCAAAAACAUAGAGUACUUGAUUUAUCAUUUGCUGCAUUUUGAUUUGAUUUGAUUUUUUUUCUGUUUGUUUGUUUGUUUGGGAUAGAUUCUUUAUUGUAUGCAAGUGUGUUUUAUGUUUACUAAAAUAUUGUACAGGCAUUGGUCACCAUUUUUGUUACACUAGUGUACUUUUCAUCCUUGUUGAUUUUUAUCUUUGAUCCCAUACCAUCUAUUUAUGUUAAAAAGGAAGCACUGAAACAAUGAAUUUUCAAGUAAAUAAAAACACAUUUUCAUUUUUAA